CCGGUGCUGUCGCGAAUUGAAAUGGUUUCCUUAUUAUAGAACUCAAGAACAUUUCUUUGAUUCAGUGGGUAUAGUUGAACAAUAGUUGUUUGUUCCGUGACAGAUGUCCAUUGAUGUCAGAAUACCGAGCUUCGUGACAAAAACUGUAAAGUGUCGCACGCAAACGGUAUAUCGGUUCUGUUUCGGCAUUGCAGUGAAGUUCUAUUUAGGACCGUGUUCCUAUAGUGCUUUUUAACUGUCACUCAGGCUACAGGUGUCCCGAGACAGCCAGAAAGGAAAUAGUGCUUCGGCUUGCCUAGCUGAUGGCUAGCUGUUUGAUAUUCAAACUGUGAAUCGUGACUUUAGCCGAUUGGUGUAGUUGAUGGUAAUCAGACUAAUCUGCUUAAAAAAAUCGUGUGCAGUAAUUAAGCAAAUAAGUCACAUAAAUAAAUUUACUGUAGAAACAGUAGGCGAACGAGUGAACAAAGUAUUGAGUUCAGUCUGACAGCGGAUAUGUGUAGGAUUUAGAGUCGCACUGACGCUCUGCCAAGUUCGAGGUAUGUUUGUUUAAAAAAAUCCUAGUGGGUGGUGAAGGUGCAUUUGCAUCAUUUGUGGACUUCACGUUCUGUCAUAUGAACUAGGAAGAGAGAGUUACUCAUUAGAAAAUAAAUUCGUAGUAAAAAUAACAUUAGAACACAAAUAUUUACCAGACCCUCUACGAACGCUUUGAACAUUUCACUGGAACGUCCGUUCUGGCGAGUAAAUUUAUGUUUCUAAACACAGAGUAGAGCAUCACAUCUGCCGCUGUAGUGGAACGCAAACAGUGACUUGCAGACACUGUAAAAAAAAACUAGGAAACUACGAGUAACAGUAACAAUCAACUACAACAAAAAAAGCUAAUAGUUUGAGCUCUCUUUGGCUGAGAUAAGGAAACGACCAGUAAAAAGUUCAAAGCAUUUCACGUGUGCUUGAAGUAGAUCACCAAUUGCAAUGUUGUAACGAAAACAAGCAGAAAAGUGCGCCGUCAAAAGCCAAGCAAGUGGUACGGAAACGGGCUGACUGCCGAGGAAAAGGCGGUCAGUGAAAAAUUGAAGUGGAUGAUUCAAUGAAUGAAACAAAUGAACAAGCGUAAAUUAUGAUAAUUGAAUAAUAGCAAAAGUGAAGUGCAAAUAAGUGAACAGUAACUCAAGAAAACGAUUAGACAAGAAAGUAUCGCUCGUAUGUUAAUUAGUGUCACUGAUGUUCGUGUCGUCACCAUAUGCUAUAUCGAACGCAACCGUCUACUGUGCUGUGGUGAUUGUUCCCGGUUUGGUGUAACAGUAACAGAUUAUUCCGAAACAGCUGCUGCUGAAAAAUUCAACCUCUUCUUUCCUUACUUGAAACUGGAAAUUGAGUGCGGAAAACGUGCUAUCCAGUAGUGUCGGGUUGGAUGCUCACGAGUUCGUUUGAUGGCUGAAAAUUAAGAAUACCUAUGGAUGAAUUGAACUGAAAAACAUCUAGUAAAUCAGAGUCAGAUCACCCAAGAAUACAAAAUGAGCAACGUUCGGUAUACUAUCCAAUAUUCGGAUUAUUUUAAUAAAUCGUGGCGUAACGAGACGCUAGAAAAUGAAGCCCCAGUAUCGGCGGGAACAUUUGGAUCAAGACUCGGCGCCAACGAAACAUAUGAGAUUUAUGCUCCUAACUAUCCGUACGUAUCCUCCACCGAAGAGCAGAACUAUAUCGAACAGCUCAGCGAACGGUGGAAAAAUGGCUCCAACUUUACCAUGUACGGAAUGAACCAUCCUAGUUAUCCGGUGGGGGAAUGCACUACCACCUACUGGGCCGGACUGUACUUCGAAAUCACCAGCUAUUUCCUGUAUGUGCUUAUUUUUGUGACAGCUGUAAUCGGUAACUCAAUAGUGUUGUUCAUCGUUCAAUCGAAUCCUCGAAUGCGCACCGUGACUAAUUAUUUCAUCACGAAUUUGGCCAUUGGUGAUCUUCUGAUGAUGCUGUUCUGUGUUCCGUUCACGUUCAUUUCCUCGUUCGUGCUGCAGUACUGGCCCUUCGGAUUGGCCAUGUGUCGAUUGGUGAACUACACGCAGGCAGUUUCCGUACUGGUCAGUGCUUAUACGCUAGUGGCCAUCAGCGGGGAUCGGUAUAUUGCCAUUAUGUGGCCGCUGAAGCCACGGAUUACGAAAACGUGUUCUAAAGUUCUGAUAGGCAUAGUGUGGAUAAUAGCGCUCAUUACGGCAGCCCCAAUUGCGAUAUUUUCGACGCUGAUCUUGCCAACGGAAUGGCAUAAAGUGUGCGAUCUUCCAAUUUGCAAAGAAAUGUGGCCAUCGAAGGAGCAGGAAAGCUACUACACCACUACCCUGUUGAUGACGCAGUUUGUGAUACCGCUGCUGGUGCUGAUUUACACCUACACCCGGAUCGCCAUCGUCGUCUGGGGGAAGCGACCACCAGGCGAGGCGGAAAACUCUCGAGACCAGCGGAUGGCCAAGUCUAAACGUAAGAUGAUAAAAAUGAUGGUAAUCGUGGUAAUCGUGUUCACAAUCUGCUGGCUGCCGUUCAACUUCCUAAUGGUGAUAGACGUUGACACAUCAUGGGAGCUUCUACCGUAUCUAUGGUUCGCUUUCCACUGGCUAGCCAUGUCCCACAGUUGCUACAACCCGAUUAUCUACUGCUACAUGAAUGCCCGAUUCCGGUCCGGCUUUAUUCUGGUGCUGCACGGUGUUCCAGGACUACAACAACUGUGCUGCUGUAUUCGUCACAAACCGAGCAACCUGGCUCGCAACGCCGGUUCCAGUGUGGCCCUCGCCGGUGAGAUGAAUGGAAUUUACCGUGACAGUGCACUAUCGAGAAAGGCUAAAGUGCGGGAAUCGAUGAAAUAUCGCAUCUGCAUCGAGUUAACACAUGCACCACGUACAUAAGCACCAGAAGGAAGACUGCUCUCAAUGUGCAACAGGUCCAAUCAACCGAAACUUCCCUGCUGCGGUGAUAUCAUCAACAAAGCUAUGAUUGAAGGGUGCUUGACUUCGGCUUUGGCGGCAGUUCGGACAAUCGUCUGGAGGAGACAGUUGUGGGAGAUAGGGAAGCAGAUCU